CACUGCCGUCAGUUUGAAGUCCACCAACGGUUCCAUCUGGGUCCUGAAGAACUGACAGGUUCCUCUGCUGCUGCCUCCGUCACAUCUGCUCCCAGGUUCUCUUCCUGGUUCUACUGUGGCAGAACCGGACGGUUCAGCUGAAACUGCUGUUGGAGCCAAAACCAGCAAACAGCUGCAGGUGAAACUGGCAUUCCUGGAGGUCGAUACCGAUGUGUGUUCAGAGGUCGGAGUCCACCAGCGCCGUGGGUCCAGUCAGACCGCCAAACGCAGGAACCCGAGCUGCAGACCAGAGCGGAGCUCCGUAAGCAGAAGUUUGAGUUUUUUCGUCUCGGCUUCAAGCAGCUUCAGGCUGAGUCCACACAAUCAAAGAGGUGACCUCAGGUGAGUUUGAGGACGUCGGGCGUCAUGGCGGUGGGCCUGCAGCUGGUGGGUCUGGUUCUGGGCGUGCUGUCCUGGUGUCUGCAGUCCAGCAGUACCUCCUCGCACACGUGGAAGAUGAAGAGUCACGUGGAGGCGGUCACCACCAGCCAGUGGCAGUUUGAGGGUUUGUGGAUGAGCUGCGCCGCCACGGCGUUGGGGUCGGUCCAGUGCAGCAAGUUCAAGACGGUCCUGGGACUGUCAGCUCACAUCCAGACCUGCAGAGCUCUGAUGAUCCUGUCCCUGCUGCUCGGCCUCGUCGCCAUUGUGGUCUCCAUCCUCGGACUGAAGUGCACCAAGAUCGGCCGGACGUCGGAGAAGGUCAAGGAGCAGGUGGCUCUGAGCGGGGGGGUCCUGUUCCUGCUGUCAGGUGUGUUCACGCUCACCGCCAUCUCCUGGUACGCCGCCAGAGUCAUCCAGGACUUCUACAACCCGCUGUACCCGGGGAUGCGGUUCGAGCUGGGAACUGGUCUGUACCUGGGCUGGGCGGCGGCGGGACUGGCCAUUCUAGGGGGGUCCAUGCUGUGCUGCUCCACCUGUGGGGGGACCGCUACACAGGCGUUGUACCUCCCCAGGAGCAGCAGGGGCCCGAGCAUCUACAGAGCCGCUCCCGCCUCAGACAGCAGCAGUGCCAAGGCCUACGUCUGACCAUCUGACCCCGUCUGACCCCAUCUGACCCUGUUCUACCCCAUCCUAUUCCGUUCGACCCCGUUUGACCCCGUCUGACCCCAUCUGACCCCGUUUGACCCCAUCCGACCCCAUCUGACCCCAUUUACACUGUCUGACCCCGUCUGACCCCGUUCGACCCCAUCCGACCCCGUUUGACCCCAUUUACCCCGUCUGACCCCGUGGGACCCCGCCUCAUGCGACACCUGGGGGCUCAGUUCUGUCAGCUGAUGGGUUAUUUAUUUACCAACAGAAUGUUUGUCUUCCUUUGUUGUGGUUCUUUGUUAUGGUUCUGUGGAACCAGAAUAACUGCAGUUUUCGUCUUUGGUCACCAGGAGGCGACAUUUCUCCUCUGAAUCCAGUUUCAGCUCCCCUUUCUGGACGGAUCCUUCAGAGGUUUCAGAUCCAUCAAUGUCAUGAGAUCAGAACCUUCUGUCCGGACUUACCGACCCCUUCUGGGUUCGGGGGGGGG